AUGGGUAAUUUGUUCGUGAAGAAGCCAAAGAUAACAGACGUGGAUAAAGCAAUCCUCGCUCUGAAGACCCAGAGACGCAAACUCGCCCAAUAUCAACAGAAGCUUGAUGCUGUUAUUGAAGCAGAAAAACAGGCUGCCCGUGAUUUGAUUCGUGAAAAGAAGAAGGACAGGGCUUUGUUAGCACUAAAGAAAAAGAAGACACAAGAAGAAUUGUUGAAGCAAGUUGAUACUUGGCUUAUAAAUGUUGAGCAACAAUUAGCAGAUAUUGAACUAGCAAGCAAGCAGAAGGCUGUGUUUGAAAGUUUGAAGGCCGGUAAUGAUGCAAUGAAAGCCAUUCAAAGUGAGAUAAACCUUGACGAUGUUCAGAAACUUAUGGAUGACGCUGCUGAGGCUAAAGCUUAUCAAGAUGAAAUUAAUGCAAUCCUGGGGGAGAAGCUAUCAGCAGAAGACGAGGAGGAUAUUUUAGCAGAAUUUGAAGACUUGGAAACCCAGCUUACAGUCCAAGAUCUUCCUGAAGUUCCUCACUCAGCUCACGAAGAAAUUGAAGAAAAGUUGGACCUUCCUGAUGUCCCAACCAAAGCACCAGUUACCAGUGAUGCUGAAGUAUCCACGAAAAGAAAAGUUAUGGAGGAACCGUUGGCAGCUUGA